GAAGAAAAAGGCUCGAGGGCGGAAGGGGAAAAAACUUUAUUAUUAUUGUUUUUUCCCUUAUUUUCUCUCUGGAGCAGAAGUGAAGGGCUGACUGCGUCAGCGCGAAGAGAGCCGGGCGCGACCCCAGCCCGCUGCGCGCGGAGGCGCUGGGCCCCCGAGGCCCGAAAGGGCGCCUGGCAUGUGGGACCCACAGGACUUUGAGCGCCACUGGCGGGCCGAGUUCCCUGGGGAGGAGGUGCCCGUUAUGCAGCUGGACUCGGUGCUGGACAUGGAACGCGAGCUGGAGCGCAGCAAACUCAAACUGAAGUGGCUGCAACAGGUGCUGGCCGAGGAGAAGUUCAAGGCCGUCUACCUGCAGGCGGCCCUGGAGAAGCGGGACCUCGGCUGCGGGCGCCCGGAGGGCGGACUCGGCGACUGCGGGGGGGCCUCUGCGGAGGAGCCGGCGCCGGCCCGACCGGAGCGGGAGCCGCCGCCGCGGCCGCCGCGCGAGAAGGAGGGCGCAGCGGGCGGCGGUGAUGGAGACCACAGGGGCCCCUCGCUUCCCGACCCGGCGGUGGCCGCCAGGACCGAGAGUACCCGCUACGCGUGCCUGGACCUUCCCACGUGGCCCCGGGCGGCGGGGGCCGGGGGCGCGGUGCGCAGCCUGACCGCUGCCAUCCACCAGCAGCUCCUGCAGCCUCGCCUCCUCUUCAGGCCCCGGGAGGACUGCGCGCCCCCUGGCCACCAUGGCACGGCUCCCAGCGCCAGUGGAGAGGAGCGGUCCGCCGGGCUCCGCGCGGGGCGGGGCUCGGAGGAGGGCGAGGCGGACGCCGCCUCGGGCGCGGAUGAUGGGGGCGACAGCAGUGACCACGAUUUCGAGAUGGUGGAUCUCAACGAGAAAUUCGCCCUCAGCCAGUUGCUUGUGGCCCCUUGCCGGCCCGGGACCUGCGAUGAGGCCGAAAAGCCGGCGCGGGCGUACGGUUCCCAUCGCUUGAUGCACCUGAUCCUCGGGGGCCGGCGGCAGGUGCGCGGGAGUCGGGACCUGGAGCAACUGGAGGCAGAGGCCAAGGACGGGCGGGGCUCGCCCCCGGCGGCAGAGGAGCCCCCCCGGCGUCGGGCUCGCGAGCACCUCCCCCAGUGGCGGCGCAAGAGGUUCCUAGGGCUGCCCGAGCGGGACUCGCCCAGCCACAGCUCGCCCGAGAGGGGCAGUGACUGCAGCCGCAACAGCUCCGACCACGAGGACGGCUCCUUUCCAGACUUCAGCUACGGGGCGGACGACUACGACGCAGAGGGGAAUGAGGAGCAGAAGGGGCCCCCGGAGGGCUCGGAGACCAUGCCGUACAUCGACGAGUCGCCCACCAUGUCGCCGCAGCUCAGCGCCCGGAGCCAGGGCGGCGGGGACAGCAUCUCCCCCACCCCACCCGAGGGGCUGGCACCUGGGGUGGAAGCAGGGAAGGGCCUGGAGAUGAGGAAGCUGGUUCUCUCAGGGUUCCUGGCCAGCGAAGAGAUCUAUAUUAACCAGCUGGAAGCUCUGUUGCUGCCCAUGAAACCUCUGAAGGCCACUGCCACCACCUCCCAGCCCGUACUCACCAUCCAGCAGAUCGAGACCAUCUUCUACAAGAUCCAGGACAUUUACGAGAUCCACAAGGAGUUCUAUGACAACCUCUGCCCCAAGGUGCAACAAUGGGACAGCCAGGUCACCAUGGGCCACCUCUUCCAAAAGCUGGCCAGCCAGCUUGGUGUGUACAAAGCAUUUGUGGAUAACUAUAAAGUUGCUCUGGAGACAGCUGAGAAGUGCAGCCAGUCCAACAACCAGUUCCAGAAGAUCUCCGAGGAACUCAAGGUGAAAGGUCCCAAGGACUCCAGGGACAGCCACACGUCAGUCACUAUGGAAGCUCUGCUCUACAAGCCCAUUGACCGAGUCACCAGGAGCACCCUGGUCCUACACGACCUGCUGAAGCACACACCUGUGGACCACCCAGACUACCCGCUGCUACAGGAUGCCCUCCGCAUCUCCCAGAACUUCCUGUCCAGCAUCAAUGAGGACAUCGACCCCCGCCGGACUGCAGUCACAACCCCCAAGGGGGAGACGCGGCAACUGGUGAAGGACGGCUUCCUGGUGGAAGUCUCGGAGAGCUCCCGGAAGCUGCGGCACGUCUUCCUCUUCACCGACGUCCUCCUGUGCGCGAAGCUAAAGAAGACAUCAGCGGGGAAGCACCAGCAAUAUGACUGCAAAUGGUACAUCCCCCUGGCUGACCUAGUGUUUCCAUCCCCUGAGGAGUCUGAAGCCAGUCCCCAGGUGCACCCCUUCCCCGACCACGAGCUGGAGGACAUGAAAAUGAAGAUCUCUGCCCUUAAGAGUGAAAUCCAGAAGGAGAAAGCCAACAAAGGACAGAGCCGGGCCAUCGAACGCCUGAAGAAGAAGAUGUUUGAGAACGAGUUCUUGCUGCUGCUCAAUUCCCCCACAAUCCCAUUUCGGAUCCACAAUCGGAAUGGAAAGAGCUACCUGUUCCUACUGUCCUCAGACUAUGAGAGGUCAGAGUGGAGAGAAGCAAUUCAGAAACUGCAGAAGAAAGAUCUUCAGGCCUUUGUCCUGAGCUCAGUGGAACUCCAGGUGCUCACAGGAUCCUGUUUCAAACUUAGGACUGUACACAACAUUCCUGUCACCAGCAAUAAAGACGAUGACGAGUCUCCAGGACUCUAUGGCUUCCUCCAUGUCAUCGUCCAUUCUGCCAAGGGGUUUAAGCAGUCAGCCAACCUGUACUGUACCCUGGAGGUGGAUUCCUUUGGCUACUUUGUCAGCAAAGCCAAAACCAGGGUGUUCCGGGACACAACGGAGCCCAAGUGGGAUGAGGAGUUCGAGAUUGAGUUGGAGGGCUCUCAGUCCCUGAGGAUCCUGUGCUACGAGAAGUGCUAUGACAAGACCAAGGUCAACAAGGACAACAAUGAGAUCGUGGAUAAAAUCAUGGGCAAAGGGCAGAUCCAGCUGGAUCCACAGACUGUAGAAACCAAGAACUGGCACACGGAUGUGAUUGAGAUGAAUGGGAUCAAAGUGGAAUUCUCCAUGAAAUUCACCAGCCGAGACAUGAGCCUGAAGAGGACCCCCUCCAAAAAGCAGAGCGGCGUCUUCGGUGUGAAGAUCAGCGUGGUGACCAAGCGGGAGCGCUCCAAGGUGCCCUACAUCGUGCGGCAGUGUGUGGAGGAGGUGGAGAAGCGGGGCAUUGAGGAGGUUGGCAUCUACCGGAUAUCAGGGGUGGCCACAGACAUCCAGGCGCUGAAGGCCGUCUUCGAUGCCAAUAACAAGGACAUCCUGCUGAUGCUGAGCGACAUGGACAUCAACGCCAUCGCCGGUACCCUCAAGCUCUACUUCCGGGAGCUGCCCGAGCCCCUCCUCACAGACCGACUGUACCCCGCCUUCAUGGAGGGCAUUGCCCUGUCAGACCCUGCUGCCAAGGAGAACUGCAUGAUGCAUCUGCUCCGCUCCCUGCCCGACCCCAACCUCAUCACCUUCCUCUUCCUGCUGGAACACUUGAAAAGGGUUGCUGAGAAGGAGCCCAUCAACAAAAUGUCCCUUCACAACCUGGCUACCGUGUUUGGCCCCACAUUACUGAGACCCUCGGAAGUGGAGAGCAAAGCACACCUCACGUCGGCCGCCGACAUCUGGUCCCACGACGUCAUGGCGCAGGUCCAGGUCCUCCUCUACUACCUGCAGCACCCUCCCAUCUCCUUCGCAGAACUGAAGCGGAACACACUGUACUUCUCCACCGAUGUGUAGCCCGAGGUGGGAGCGGCUGUCGGCAGGGGGCGGCCCCGAGCCAGCCUCUCCAGCCGGGGACCCAACCCAGACUUGAAGGACUGCAACAGAGAACUCCCAAACCCAGCGCUCCACACUCCAAGGGACAGAGAUUUCCAAGAACUGGAAGACGUGUAUCUUUUGUGCCACCUUGUACAAAGCCAGCCGACCCGGCCCCGGCCCCGCCACGCACCCCGGCUCUGCCCUGCGUUCCUCUAGUCGUGUCUAAUGCUCCGUGCUGUUCGGGAAUUGUUUUACGUCUAUUUGUCAUGCAGAAAAGGUAGUGACCGACCUGGUGUGGGCACACAGGCAGCCUGCUUUGUUCUUUCAUUUCCUCCAACACUUUCUUUCCUCCUGAGUCCGGUCCAAGGGCUUUUAUUCUGCGCUCUGUAACUGCUGCCAGCUUCGCCUCUCUUGGCCCUGCUCCCAGAUCGCAGUCUCCUGGCGGCCUCCCCUCGGUCUUCCUCCACCCUGUCCUCCCUGCCUCCCCCAGCCUGCCUGCAUGCAUUUGCAGCUUUGGUUUUUGAUCCAUCACCUCGAAAGUUCUGAGGAGGCCCUGGGCAGCGGUGGCGGGGACUGGCCGGUCUGAUGCUGCCGCCCCCCACCCUCUCCUUGCCCCCCUCACCUGUGGAGGCACGCCUGUCCGCCUUGCUGCCUGUGCAAAUGUGGACAAGGAGACAGACUCGCACUGAUCCUCGGCUCUGCACAGGCUGGAGAGCAGAUUGCUGGGAUUUUCCACCUGAGAACCUCCAUUUCUGGGGUUUAUCUGUUCGUCUUCAGUCCCAGUGAGGCACCUUUGACUGUUUCUUCUACUGCUUUUCAGUUUCUUUUCUCCUGCUGUUCUAUUUUCUUUUGAGUGUAGAGACUCACCAGAGACCUGCUAUCAAGGCAGCCAGAGGGUCAGGAAAGAAUUGGGGGAGGUGGGAGGGUCAGGUUGCCAAGGAGACAGAGCAAGUGGGCUGUUGAGAGGAGCGCCAGGGAGCGCUGGGCAUCCUGGGCUAGGAGCAAGGAGUUGUGGUGGCUUUGCUGGUGGAGCCAGGCUUCUGGGAGGGCAACCACGAGGGCUGAAGCAGGUGUCUCAAAACAGGCAGGCUCCGUCCGAGAGGGCUAGUCCUUCCUGGUGCCUCCCGUACCUCGUGGUACCUUUGCCUUAGACGUUACACACUUUCUCCACAGCCAAGCACUGCCAUGGGGCAGCCCCCACGGCCACGUGCGCCCCAAGGCCUGGGGAAGUCAGGCGUGGUCCAGCAGUAGCCAGCCGUCACGGUGCUGCCUCCCACCCCCAGCUUCUGAACGCAGCCUUGUGGGUGAACUCGGGGGAACUCCAGGAGUUGGGGUUGUGCCAGGUACCUGCCUCUCUCGGGACUGGGUUUUGCAGGGGACCCUGGUGGUGAUGCUUGACUCAUCCGCAGGGUCUGAUCCCUGCGUUGAGGGCCGCUGCUCAGUACUGGGAAGGAGUGAGAAGUGCCCCCAAAAUGCAAUUUCUUCUCUCCUGAGCAGCACUGCUGGCCUCCAGCAGUUCAGGCACUCCUGGCGGCAGGGGCUGGAGCUACAGUACACGGCUUCCCGGCUCUCCUCUGUGUCAAGAGACUAGAUUCCAAGCCCUGGGGAUUGGAGAGAAGAGCUCCCCCUAGCUUGAGCUCAGGGCAGUUUUAAAGAAGGAUCUGGGGCCCCUGAGGACUUAGCACCAGCUCAGUGAGAGGAAGGGCCCCUUCUUGUCUGGUUUAUACCUGUGGCCUGGGCGUGAGCAGAACGGUACACAUUCUGUGCACAUCGGAGGAUAGAUGCCCCAGAGGAGAGAGGAACUGACGCCCUGGCUGCCUGCUAAGCAGCUGAGGAGCCCCACUCCCUAAGAUAAGGGGCUUGGGCCACAGGUGGAGAAAGAAUGCUGGAGUCUGAACAUCCCCCAUCUGACCAUCCCUGGAACCUGCUCGACACUUGGGGGCCGGCAGGUGGCCUGGAAGGUUCUUGCUUCCACGGCCACUAACUGGAAUGAAUUGGAGCCCCACCUAGAGCUAUUUACAGCCCCUAAUGGGUGCCUCCUGCCUUCCCCAAACUAGGGACGUGUGCCUCUCAGCAUCAGGUAGCUACUGCAGCCCCCAACCUCUUAGGUAAUGAGAAUGGGAGGAAUGCUGGAAGGGCUGAGAAAUGGAAAAGGCUCAGAAUAUUUAUCAACUCAACCCCCAGAAUCGGGAGGGGUGGGUACCAGACCUGGACUAAGCUGCGCUGAGGGAACAGCCUGUGGGUUCUCCUGAGAGACAGGGACUGUGCAGAACCCCAGCCACUGUGCCCAGCAGGGCAGGCUGUGCCAACAGGAGCCCACAGACAGGCUACAGGAAUCCACACACCUGUCCUUGCUGGCAAUGGCCGCGGGCUGCCGGUGUUGUGCUGUUACAGGUAUGAUGGGACCCUUCAUUAAUAUUUGACUUUCAUAAGUUGGUAAGGAUAUAUUUUUCUUUGGUCUAUGUUCUGUUUCAACUUAUGUAGAUUAUUAUAAAUUGAUGUAAGCCACGUGAGAAGAAAAUGUUAAUUAAAAAAAAAAACCUGCAAAGCCCUGACAUUUGCACAACUCA